ACAAUUUUUCCGGCAAUUGUACUAGUAUUCUUAGCUCUACCAUCAAUCCGCCUUUUAUAUCUAAUAGAUGAGUCAUUUAAUCCAUUUAUCUUGAUAACAAAAAAAGAUAUGGUAUACUGUUUAACUAUAGACAAAAUUAUCUUUAUCACAAUAGUAACUAGGCUAAUAUUCACACCAAUACUCUUCAUUAUUUAUGCGAUGACUCUACUCAACAAAUCACAAAGACAUUGGAACUUUAUACUUUAUGUUUGGGGCCGCAAACGAUAUACAAACUAA